AUGGCCAACAAUUCUUCCAGCGCUGUAAAUGUUGGGGACGUAGGCAUUUUGGCGUACUGUGUCAGCAUGGAGACCGGGAUGUAUAUCUGGGGGAUUGGUUCGAUCAUUUGCUGCGCGGCGGGCCUUCCCGCAAAUUUCGUCAUCCUGUGGGAGAUGUUCAAGGCCUACAGGGACGGAGCUGCUUUAACGUCCUACAAUCUGUUCCUGUUGAACCUGUCAUCCAUGGACACCGUCUUCUUGCUUUUCCUACCGGUUGCCAUUAUCAAUCACUUCAAAUUAAAUAUCUGGUUAUUGAACGCCUUCUCCAGCGCGACAUACACCUUGAACAUUUGCGGCCGGCCCCUCCUGAUGGCGUGCAUUUGCCUGGAUUUGUAUGUGGCCGUGGUUCACCCCAUUUUCUACCGCAGGAUGAAGAGUCUGACUCCCAGGGCGGUUGGGGUGGCCGUGGUCUGGUUCGUGACCUUAAUCACGGCCGGCUUUUACUUUUCCUUCAACGAGUUGUACUUCACCUUGUUUUCCACGUUGUACUUCAUCGCCGCCAUGGUGAUCAUCGGCAUCUGCGACGCGUUCAUCCUGUACGUGUUGAUCGCGUCGGGCAGGAGCGGCAGGGGCGUCCACCCGCAGAAGCAGAGAGCCAUUCACACGCUCACCAACAGCUUGGUGAUGACGUUCAUCUCCUACUUUCCUCCUGUGGUUCUCUUCAUAUUUGGCCUCCACUUGAUGUCGGACAGCCGUGUCUUCAUAUGCACCGUCGGAUUGCCGAUCACCCUGACUUCCACGUGGGGCUCUGCAGUCAUGCCCAUGCUCCAUUUAAAUGAUCUUGGCAAAUUCAAUUGUCUCUGGGUUAGAUGCGCUCAGUAA